CAACCAACAAGUUUUGCAUAUAAACAUUCAUUUGAAUUACUAGAUUUAGGAAACACAUGAUUCCUUGCAACUGGUUUUGCUUUAUUUUCUAACCUAAAAACUUGGUUUUAGGAUAUGAUAGUUUUUCAAUAAUUGGAAAAGCUUAUGAUAAAAACACUAUUAAAUUUUAUGUUUGUUCAAAAUGUCUGAAUGUACAUCUAAGCCCAUUUUACCUUUUAGCAAGUCCAAUGAUGAAGAACAAGAUAAGAAACUGUUGGAACCAUUCGGUUAUAUUCUUCAGGUUCCAGGGAAAAAUGUAAGAUCAAAAUUAUCAAGUGCAUUCAAUUAUUGGUUGAAGAUUCCAAAUGAAAAAUUGUUGCAAAUUACUGAUAUUGUCCAGAUAUUACACAAUUCUAGCCUAUUACUCGAUGAUAUUCAAGAUAAUUCUAUAUUAAGGCGAGGCAUCCCUGUAGCUCAUUCAAUAUAUGGAGUAGCUAGUACAAUUAAUUGUGCUAAUUAUACAUCUUUUAUUGCCUUAGACCGAGUCAAUGACUUAAAACACCCCGAAGCAAUAUCUAUUGCUUUAGAACAAAUUUUGGAACUUUACAGGGGCCAGGGCAUGGAAAUAUUUUGGAGAGAUAAUUUUAGUUGUCCAACAGAAGAUGAAUAUAAACAAAUGGUGAUAAGAAAAACUGGUGGCCUAUUUAUGUUAGCAAUCAGAUUGAUGCAACUUUUUAGUGAGAAUAAACAAGACUUCACUAGAAUAACAGCUAUUUUAGGACUCAUAUUUCAAAUACGAGAUGAUUACAUCAAUUUAGUAUCUAAAGAUUAUAUGGAACAUAAAAGUUAUUGUGAAGAUUUAACAGAAGGUAAAUUUAGCUUCCCUAUAAUUCAUGCUAUUAGGAGUCAACCAAAUGAACAACAAGUUAUUCAUAUUCUUCGACAAAGGACCAAAGAACCGGAAGUGAAAAAAUAUUGUGUAUCUUUAUUGGAAAAAUAUGGUAGUUUUGAGUAUACAAGGAAAAUUUUAUCACAAUUACACGAUGAGGCCAGAGAAGAAAUUGAAAAGCUUGGUGGCAACCCUCAUAUGGAAGAAUUUUUAUCCUCACUUUCUAAAAUAUAAACUGUAUAUCAAAUUAAUAUUCAAUAUUUAUUUAUUUUUAUAUUAUAUGUUAUGUGUAUUAAAAUGAUUGCAAUAAAUAUAUUUUUAAUCAUGUC